AUGUCGCUACUGAACGAGCCUAGUGUAAAUUUCCACAUAAAACUCAAUGAGCAAUCUUUCCAUAUACCCAAUGAGCUGCUCAAGAACAACAUCAAAAAGAUUCAGAAGCUAGUCGAACGAGAGAGUAAACGCCUGAGUGACUUCUUUGAUGAGUUGAGCUCUUCCAUGGCUGGCCAUGAUACUCAAACUUCAAUGGAUAAGCUUAAUGAGAUAAUCAGGGCGGUUGAGCUGCUAGAGCGGAAGCUAGAAAAAAGGGUGAACGUUGAAUGUGAACUUUUGAAACGCAUUGAAUACCGCAUUGAAUACUACAAGGAACUAGAUGGUUACAAAAAGACGCGCAACCGAGAAGGGCUAAUUUCCUGGUACCAGAGAUAUACAAGCCUGUUAAUUGGGGACUAUCUCACUAGAAACAACAAUAUCUACGAGCAGGAACUAUCAACAGGUGGAGCUCAUACUAGCUUGAGGUCUAAGCGAAAAAUGUCGUCUCCUAGUUUCACCCCUCCGCAGGUAAAUACAGGUUUGCGCUUUUUACAGUCACAAGGCUUGGAACACUAUUUGGAUUACGAUAUUCUGAUCACUGCCAAUCAAAUCUCAAAAAGUCUGGAUGUAAACCACGAUUUAUCUCUGUUGGUUAAUUGGAUCAAAGAAAAUCAAACUUACUUGUCAAGUAAGUCCUCAAUGCUGGAAUUUGAAACGAGACUCCAAGAAUAUGUCGAACUUGUUAAGGUACAAAACUACCCCAACGCUAUAAUUUGCUUUCAAAACCAUCUUAUCAAGUUUAUUAAUACUAAUUUUGAAGAAUUGAAACUUGCAUCAGGACUAUUGGUGUUCAUCAAGAGCUGCAAAGAACAGAUGACGAAGCAAACAGAUACCAAGAACGAUCCAUAUAACUUGAGUACAAAAUCUGGCUUCUGCCAUUACUUCUUUCGUAAAGCUCCCUCUAAAGACUUUCAAUCUACCGAAGACUCGUUUAAGAUUGAUUCUGGAACAAGAAUCCCCAGGGGCGGGGACUUUGAAAGAUACGCGCGCCUCUUGGACAACGAAAGAUGGAAUGUCCUCAAACGUCUCUUUUUGCAGGAGUAUUAUUCCAUGUAUGGGAUUUCUCAACAUGAUCCCCUACUCAUAUAUUUGUCUUUAGGGAUAUCAACCUUGAAAACAAAGGCAUGUCUGCAGUGUCCUGUAGCCUCAGAGACAGAGGACGCAAUGCUGGAUAAAUUUCUAGACAAUGAGCUCAAUCAAUCUAAAUGCCCUGUCUGUAGCGAUGAGUUUGCUCCAAUUGCUGGCGAUCUUCCGUAUGCACAUCACAUCCAGUCGAACUUAUUUGAAAACCCGGUAAUGCUACCAAACGGCAACAUAUACGACUCCAAAAAGAUUAAAAUUCUGGCUGGAAAACUAACGAGUAAAAGGCUGUACAGCUUAGAGCAAGAUCAAGUUCUUGACCCAAUAGACCGAAAGGUGUACUAUGAAAAGGACUUUAUCACUAUGUAUCCAACUUAA